UUAAUGCAAAUUUACCUUUUGCAGUCAAAACUAAAGUUAAAUUGACAUUUUGUGUCAUAAUUCAAUCACAAAUAUGUCAGAUUCAAAUAAUAAGCCAACCACGAGUUGAAAACUAAAGAAUUAAAUUAACCCAAGGCUCAAAAAGGACAGCAAAUCCUUCAAACAGAACCAAACUUUGGUUCAGCUAUGGAGACUAGAAGUUCCAGACGAAACCUUCUGGACGUUGUUUUUAACACUGGUGAUGAGAACCACAAUGAUGGCGGCUGGUCUAAGUUUGCAAUCGGAGACGUCAAUUACGCAUUGUUUUAUUAUGCAAUCAAUACUAUUCUCGCCGUUGUUGGAGCUUUUUUGAACCUGUUGGCGUUAUGCGUUUUACUACAACCUUGUUUGCGGUCAAAGGGCAAAUUCAUACUUAUAAUCUCAAUGUGUGUAGUAGAUUUGUUCACAUGUGUGAGUGUAAUAGUGUAUCUAAAUUUCAACUUCGAGGAAAACGGAGUUCCAGGGAACAAUUUCGUGGGAAACUUCCUCUGUCGCUUUAUGUUGAAUCGUUAUUUCACUUACUGGCUGUCUGCCAUUUCUGCGUGGCAUCUGGUCAUGGUCUGCAUUGAGAGAUAUAUUUCAGUCAGAUUACCAGAUUGGUACGACCUGCACUUCACCAAACUGUAUCCGUUCAGUUUGAUCGCACUAAGUGUCCUCUUGGGCACUGUGUGCAUGACUCCCUCCAACGUGACUGCCUUCCGAUACGACCCAGUCAAUGACUCAUGCGUCUACGAGUGGCCAUCCAAGUCAUUCAAAGUAGCCGCUGGAACAUUCCAGUUCACGUUUAUGGUCAUAGUGCCGCUUGGAAUCAUGGUGAUGUUGUAUUAUAAACUGUACAGAAGAUACAAGAAGUUUGAGUCUCUACUUGCAAAUGCUCCUGUCGCAUUUGACAUCCAAACAAAACAGAAGAAUAAAUCCCAGAAAGUGUUCUAUACAGUACUGGGCCUGGUGCUGUUCUACAUCAUUAGUUGGGUGCCGAGUGAACUCAUGUGGCUAGUGUACACUUGGCAGCUGGGGGGCAUUUCAGACGAGGUGUUUGUGGGACUGCCAUACAUACUCACACAGAUGCUCACAAUACUCAACAGCGUGGUCAACCCGAUUCUUUACGCCAGCUCAUUCGGGCACUUUCGGUACAGAUUCAACGCCUCAAUUCAACUCCUCAAAGAGAUCUCUCUGUGUCUCCUCUGCUGUAACAUGGAGAAACUGCGGCAGAUACACAAACUGCACACUUCACAAUACUUGCACCCAGACCAUCAUACAUAUCGUGUGUCCACUACGGACACCACGCGGACAACGUGUUCUAAUUAUGGAACUACUAAUAUGAUCAGUCAGGACAGCGACCAGUUGACCUUGAACUCACACGGUAUCCAGGGCAACUGGUCUGUGGCUAAUAAAGGGCUGUUAUCCGUAGACUCCACUGAAAGCUACGGGGCUACUAGUCCAAUCAGCGAGUACUGUAGUUUCUCCGAUUGAAACAACUCAUUGCAAAAUCAAAUAACUUACCUAUCCCAUUGUAUGCGACUAGUUUGAUGAGACUUAUGAAUUUCAUGAAGAUAACUUGUCAUACAGGUUAAAAUUUUUCUUGCCUUGAUAUAGUGCUGCGUCUAACUUUUGACCUGAUUUGAACAUAUACCGAUGUUAAACUUUUAAUAGUAUUUUCUAACUUAGCUUUCUAAAAACAUAUACAACAGAUGUACAUAUGAAACUUG